AUGCCUACUGCAACUGCAAAAUCUGGCGCUAUUACUUUACUACAUACAGCUUGUGGUGCAGGCAUACUAGCCAUGCCAUUUGCAUUCAAAACCAAUGGUUUAAUAUUGGGCACAGUUUCAAUCAUUUUUAGUUGUAUGUGUGCCACAUUUGGCUUAAUGUGCCAAGCAAAAGCUUCCAAGUAUUCCCCACAUCCAAACGCCAUAUCAUUUUUUCAAUUGGCCCAAUUGACCUAUCCAUCCUUGGGUGUCGUAUUUGAUAUAGCAAUUGCCAUAAAGUGUUUUGGUGUAUCUGUUUCAUAUUUAAUUGUAGUUGGCGAUUUGUUACCUCAGAUCGUAAAUGAUAUUUUCCAAAUUGAUUCUUUAUCAGACUCAUUGUUAUUAAAUAGGAAACUCCAUAUUACUUUAGUUAUGUUUUUUAUUGUUGGUCCAUUAUGUUUUAUUAAAAAGUUGGAUUCUUUAAAACAUGCAUCCACUAUUGCUAUAAGUAGUGUAGCAUAUCUAGCAUUAUUAGUAAUCUUUCAUUUCAUUUGGCCCAGUCAAGAGAUUAAAGAUUUAAGGGGCACCGUCGAUUGGUUAAAACCUAAGCCCGAUACAGUCGAUGGUUCCUUUCUAUCAAGUUUUACCAUAUUUGUUUUCGCCUACACAUGUCAUCACAAUACGUUUUCUGUCAUCAGUGAUCUAAAUAAUAAAACUGUGCCAAAUAUACAAAAAAUGAUUCUCAUAGCAAUGUGUUCGGCCCUACUAAUAUAUACUAUUAUAGGGACUAUGGGGUAUGCCACAUUUGGUAAUAACAUCAGGGGCAACAUCAUCACCAUGUACCCAUCUUCAAUUUCAACUACUAUUGGUAGAAUAGGCAUCUUAUUUCUAGUUAUGUUUGCUUAUCCCCUACAAUGCCAUCCUUGUAGGGCAUCUAUUCAUAAUAUACUAACUCAUUAUAGCUGUAAAACUGAUAAUACGAUAAACGAUGAAAAUUCACCACUCACAGAAAAUGCCGGGGUAUCCCAGAUUGAAAAUGAUAUUCACUUGGAGGAAAAUUCACCAUUGGUGCAUGUUUCAACGCCUGAUUUAGCAGACAAGCAAUUUAUCCUAAUUACUAUUACUAUCUUGAUCUGUUCUUAUUUAUUGGCUAUCACAGUCAGAUCACUUGCUACCAUGCUAUCCGUUGUUGGAGCUACUGGUUCAACCUCAAUAUCAUUUAUUUUACCAGGUAUUUUUGCCUACAAGCUAAUUGGAUCGGAAUAUCAACAAAAUCACAACUCGCCAGGGUAUUCCGGAGCAAUUCCAACCUCUUUAAAAAUAUUUAAAAAGUUGGCAUUAUGUUUAAGUAUAUGGGGUGUUAUAGUUAUGGUUACUUCGUUGUAUUCUACUUUUUUUUUAUAA